AUGGCCGUCGGGAAGAAUAUCAAUUUAUUCCUCGUCAUCCUUUCUUCGACGUCCGUCAUUUCACACUCGUACGCGCCCCAAGCCGCAGGCAGAAGAUUAUUCGGCGGAUAUAGAAUAGUACCGAAGAUAUGUCAACCGACGAUACCGAGCAAAGUGAAGUCGAACGAGCCGGCGAUAUGCAUGUUCAAUUACGAGUGCUCGCGUCGAAAUGGACAGGUGGUCGGCGCGUGUAUGGACGGCUUCCUUUUCGGCGCGUGCUGUCAGCUGCCGUUGAAAAAUUCGCCGAGCCAUAUUCAAAAUACACCGAGCACCGAUGAAAUAUUCAACGUGCACGAGAUCGAUCACGUCCCGGAUAUUCCUAUCUUGUUGAACUCGGACGGGACGCCUCUUGGUAUGACGAUAUCCCAAGAUAGUACAGUUAAAACAGAGCCGCCAGACGCGUCCAAUCAUUUGAACAACCAACCUGCCACGUACACGAAAAUAUCAACGUUCCUUGCACCGUCGACCACCGCCAAGACAACGCAGAUCAAAGACAGCGUUGAAAAUGCCGAGAGACCGCAAUUACCGAUACAACCGGACGUAAGUCAUCUCGAGGAAGAUUUUCCAGCUCUGUUGGGUCAGCAGAAUAUACUGGACGAUCUGGGUCUACCGGGACUGUUGAGUCAUUCUGACUCGAACAACGACAUCCAGAAUCACCAGGACCAUUCUCCUGUUGUUAAUCCAGUCACUACUCUGCUCAGCCCUGAUCAGAUACUUCAGAUAGCCGAUCCGGUUGACCAACUUCCAGCCUUGUUCUCCCAGGGUUUGGGCCAGAGUAAUCACACCUCUCCCGACACGAUACUCUUGAACGAGAACGGUACAACGUUGAACGAGACGAACAAUCCCGACGAUUUGUUCAAGCCUAACGCUGAAUCUGGCGGCGAGACGAAGAAAACGACUGAAAGCAAUACGCAGAGACCGAAAGUGACUGAAAGUGUGUUGCCUAUCCAGACCAGGAGACCCUCUCACGACGCUACUUCUCAAAUCAGCUCGACGACUCAAUGGGUGAGAUUCCCAGAUCAGUCUGCGUCGUCUGUACGCGAUACCGUGCCUCCUUCCAUGGAUGAUCAAACAUCGAGUACAGCGUCGAUGACGAAGGUACCUGUGGCGGUACAGAUGUACGCCAGCACGCAGCGACUCACCACUCUGCCACCUCGUCAAUCUCUCGACAACUUCGAGAAGAUCAGCACGAUCGAAGAAAGGGUGUCGACGAAGAACGUGGAGGCUGUUGGAUCGUUCAGCAACGAGAAGACAACCACGCCAAUGACUACUCUCAGUGAUAAGAAGGACGAGCUAGUGAGAGUACCGACGAUCACCUACGAAUCUCCCUCGGGUAACAAGAAGGACGACCUAGUGGACAAAGAGGAACUGGCGAUCAAUCACAUAAUCUCCAUUCUCAACGACACGAAACCAGGUGCUGGUACCACUAUAAAGACACCGAAUUCGUCAAUUAACAAAUGGGUCAGCAUAGACGAGACCUCGAAGCCGUCUUUGAUCAGAAUCUCCACGAGACCUCCUCCUAUUCCUAGUCCAACCACAGCUCAAUCUUUCCCAUACACGUUUUACAAACCACUACAGUCGUCCAACUACUACAAUUACGAGACUAUCCCAACAGAAAUGACCUAUUCUUCGUUCUCCACGUCCAACGCGCAUUUUUCGAAACCGUCGUCUCAGUCCACCUUCGCCAGCAUCGGUACGUCCGAUUAUUCUGCGAAAACGACCACCGCCAGCCCCCCUGCGCCGACAGUGAUAGUUCUAGGACCUCUCGGUACAGAGUACACCACGGAAACGACGCAGAAGUUUGUCACGAGAAGGCCAGAACCAUCCAGACCUACGACGGGAUCGAUCAGGCCGAAUCCACUCACCACGAAGAAGCCUAGCGUUUCCACGACUAUAACUCACAACAUCAGCACGGUGAUCUCGAACGUUGCUACGAGUAACGUCGUUUCCACCAGUUUCUUCAGCGUCAACGUGAAAGAUGGAACCACGUCCAAGCCAAUGGUGAACAGUACCUUCAACACAGAGCCUGUCGUAGCGGAGAACGAGCCCGAACAAACCUUCGAGAAGUUCACCACGAAGAGACCGACAGUUUGGACUACCAUGUCUUCGUGGUCCAGCAAACCUAGCUUUCAUCUGAAAACGUCCACUCCUUCCAUCGUCUUCCCAGAUGACAAUUCGACACCCGUUAACACUAUACCCUACAAAGAUCCCACUGUCUCGACAACUGUGAUGGAUUUCAAAGCGACGACAGCUCUGCCACACUGCGACGAGGAAACAGCUGCUCCCGAUGACCUGAUCAACUUCCCGCCGGUUCGAAAUCCGAAUUUGAACAUCUCCACGCCGAUUUCUCAGCAAGAAAAACCAACCAUUAUCGAGAGUUUCAACAACACCGGUUAUCCGGACAUAGAGAUCAUCAGCGAGAACGAUAUUCCAACGCCUACUUUCAUCGAGGACGACGUUCUCACCAACAAAGUCGACACUUUCGUGAACAAAAUCGUUCAGUCUCUCCAGGGAAACUUCCAGGAUCUCAAGGAUAUCAUGUACAAUCGUGUCAACGCGACGACGGUUGCGCCAUCCACCGCAACGAAGAGGCCAGCAACCACGACGAAGAAACCAUCGAGAAGACCAACGUCGACGACGAGACCGUCGUUCACCACGACGAGGAAGCCAGCGACCACGAAGAGGCCGACCAACAGACCGACGUCCUCGAAGCCAUCGGUGUCGGAGAAACCAGUUCGUCCUUCGAAACCGAAACCGACGACGUCGCCCGGCCUGACCACGAAGAAGCCCCAGGUUACGACGAAACGCACGAGACCGACCAAAAGGCCAACUACGACGCCACCUGCUACGAGCACAGAGGCUGUACUCCUCGACGAAGAGGAGAGCAGCACGUCUAGCGCGGCGGAAAGUACUACGAGUGGAGAAAUAACGUUUCCAAGUGACUUUCGUUCGCAGUGCGGUAUAAGACCUUUGAUGAAAUCAGGAAGAAUCGUCGGUGGUAAAGCGGCAACAUUUGGCGAAUGGCCAUGGCAGGUUUUAGUUCGCGAGGCUACGUGGCUUGGCCUCUUCACGAAGAAUAAAUGUGGAGGUGUGUUGAUCACCGAUAAAUACGUGAUCACUGCAGCCCACUGUCAACCGGGAUUCUUGGCAACUCUGGUGGCCGUUUUCGGGGAGUUCGAUUUAUCUGGAGAAUUAGAGGCGAAACGUAGCAUGACCAGGAACGUUCGACGAGUGGUGGUUAACAGAGGAUACAAUCCAACGACUUUCGAGAGUGAUUUAGCACUGUUGGAACUGGAAUCACCUGUACAAUUCGACGUUCACAUCGUCCCAAUUUGUAUGCCCGACGAUGGUAUAGAUUUCACCGGUAGAAUGGCCACCGUCACAGGUUGGGGACGAUUGAAGUACAACGGUGGCGUACCCUCUGUGUUGCAAGAAGUUCAAGUGCCUAUAAUAAAGAAUUCGGUGUGUCAAGAGAUGUUCCAAACUGGUGGCCAUUCUAAGCUGAUCCUCGACAGCUUCCUCUGUGCCGGAUAUGCCAAUGGGCAGAAAGAUUCUUGCGAGGGUGACAGUGGUGGUCCGCUGGUGAUGCAACGACCAGACGGAAGAUGGUUCCUUGUGGGAACCGUGUCUCAUGGAAUAACAUGUGCAGCACCCUAUCUUCCAGGUGUCUACAUGAGGUCGACCUAUUUCAAACCCUGGCUACACAGUAUCACCGGGGUGUGA